AUGUUCCUCUUCCUGGUGCUGGGGCUCCACCUGGCCACAGGUGCGCUUCUCCCCUCGGUGGGCGCGUGUCCGUCCCAGUGCAGCUGUUUUUACCACAACCUGAGUGACGGGUCUAAAGCAAGGAGCGUCAUCUGCAACGACCAGGACAUCUCCCUCGUGCCUGUCGGCUUCCCCGCCGACACCUCCAAACUGCGCAUCGAGAAAACGGCCAUUCAGAUCAUCCCGGGCGAAGCCUUUAACUACCUCUCCAGCCUGGAGUUCCUGUGGAUGUCCUUCAACGCGCUGUCCAGCCUAAGCCCGGACAGCUUCCGCGGCCUGCUCACCCUGGAGGAGCUGCGGCUGGACGGGAACGCGCUCAUCGCGUUCCCCUGGGAGACCCUCAUGGACAUGCCCAGCCUCAGACUGCUGGAUUUGCACAACAACCAGCUGACCUUUCUGCCGUUGGAGGCCAACCUGUACAUGAGGAACCUCACCUAUCUGGACCUGUCCAGCAACAGCCUGCAGACCCUGCCUGCUGAGCUGCUGGCCUCCUGGCUCUCCGUCAAACCGGCGCAAGGGCCCGAGAGCUCCAAACUAAUACUAGGUCUCCAUGACAACCCUUGGGUGUGCGACUGCCGGAUUUACGACUUGGUCCAGUUUCAGAAGUCGCCGACUCUCUCGGUGGCGUUCAUAGACACCCGACUGCGGUGCUCGGCUCCGGAGAGCGAGUCCGGGAUUCUGUUCAGCGACGUGGAGUUGCGCCGGUGCCAGCUCCCUCGCAUCCACACCGCGGUGGCGCGCGUCCGGAGCGCAGUGGGGAACAACGUGCUGCUGCGCUGCGGCACCAUCGGAGUGCCCAUCCCAGACCUCACGUGGCGCAGGGCGGACGGCAAGUUGAUCAACGGAACCGUCCAGCAGGAGAUCUCCCAGGAGGGCAUCACCUGGUCCAUCCUCAGCGUGCCGGCCGUGUCCUACCGGGACUCGGGGAAGUACGUCUGCAAGGCCGUCAACUACGCCGGUGAGGCCGAGGCCGUGAUCUCCCUCAUGGUGUCCAACGGCCCCAAGGCGGACGGCAAUCAGACCGGCGCCGACCGCAAACCCAAGGCCAAGAAACCCAACCCGAUGGGCAAGGCCGCCUACCAGGAGAAACUGGUGGCCCGGUACGCGCUCCCGGCCACCAACACCACCCCCCGCCCUCCGGCCCCGGAGCCUGCCGCCCCGCUGGCCCCCGACCGGGGCGCGGGGCCGCCGCCGGGCCGUCGGACGGCUCGGACGGCGGCCCACCGGGCCGGCCCCGCCACGUCCUCAGCCCAGGACGGCCUGCUGGACCUGGAGAAGACCAACCUCAGCAACCUGGCGGCCAACACCUCGUCCCUGCAGCAGGACCCCGACCGGGUGGUGCGCUCGGUGAAGGUGGUGGGCGACACGGACAACACCAUCGCCCUGAACUGGAGGGCGCCCAAGGCCAAGAACACCACGGCCUUCAGCGUGCUGUACGCCGUGUUCGGGGAGCGCGACAUGAGGAAGAUCAACGUGGGGGCUGGGCAGAACCGGGUCACCAUCGAGGGGCUGGUGCCCCGCACCAAGUACAUCGCCUGCGUGUGUGUCCGGGGGCUCAUCCCCAAGAAGGAGCAGUGCGUGAUCUUCUCCACCGACGAGGCGGCGAGCGCCACGGGCACCCAGAAGCUGAUCAAUGUCAUCGUGAUCACGGUGGCGUGCAUCAUCGCCGUGCCGCUCACCGUCAUCGUGUGCUGCGGCGCGCUCAAGCGCCGCAUCCAGAAGUACUGGGGCAAGAAGUCCAAGGACAUCCAGGACUCCUACGUGACUUUCGAGACGCUGUCGCCCGCCACCAAGGCCAAGGGCCAGGAGGGCGAGUACCUGACCCGGCUCAACCCGGAGGAGUCCAACCGGCUGCUGUCCGCCCGCUCCAGCCUGGACUCGGAGGCCACGGCCAAGAUCGAGGGCCAGCCCAACGAGUACUUCUGCUGA